AUGGCUGUGGUGGAGAUGGGCGAAGCUCUUGGAUUGGAGGCUCUGCAGGGACAGAGCGCUGAUGCUCUACAGCCUGUUUCCAGAACGGUGCGGGUGUUCAUCAGCUCCACACACUCAGACAUGAAGAAUGAGAGGAAUGUAUUUUGGGAGAAGGCCUAUUCGGAGUUGCAGGCCCACUGUCAAAGUUUAGGUCUCGUCUUUGAGGUAGUGGAUUUCAGAUGCGGAGUGCAUGACAUCUUCACAGCUGAUCACUUGACAACUGAACUGUGCAUUAAAGAAAUCGAGUCCUGUCAGAGAAUAUCAGAUGGCCCAACUUUUAUCGCUCUGCUCGGUAAUCAGUACGGCCAUCGCUCCAUCCCACGCCUCAUACCAGAGACGGAGUUUGAGUUGCUGGUAUCAAAACUUCCCAAAGAUUCAGAGAGUUUAAAGCUCCUAAACCAAUGGUUCUCCAAAGACAGUAACUCAGUCCCACCCACAUAUAUCCUCCAGCCAAUCACAGCUCACUAUCCUCAUUACAAUGACAGGGGCUCUGAGAGCGGACAGUUGCGUGAUGAUGAUGUCAUAUCCUGGAAUCUGACCGAAUCACGGCUGCUGCUGGCUCUCCGCACUGCUGCCCAACAGGCCGAGAGAGAAGGGGAUAUCAGUGUUGACCAAAAGCACAAGUUUUUCAAAUCUGUCUUAGAGUAUGAGAUGGAGCACGGCUUUCUCAAGACCCAAAAGGAUGCAUCAGCGGUGCUGUUUUUCCGUGAACUGCCUCGACUCAGUAAAAGAGACUGCAAGAAAAACUUUGCAAAGUUUCUUCUGGACGUCACAGCCGAUGGCUUGUUGGACACCGAAGCCCGGGAGCUCUUGGCCGACCUGAAGCAACGCAUCUACAACACGGGUCGCCUCCAGCCUCUCUGCAUGGAGCUCAGCAAAGGAGCUAUGGACCCGAGCCGCAAAGAACACAAGGGGUACCUUGGAAAACUGUGUGAGCAGGUGACAUCCCAAAUGAAGGAACUGAUCAGCAGGAAUGCGCUGCAAACUUCAGGAACAUGUAGCACGGUAGAUCCAGGAUGGUCUUGGUUGAAACAGGAGAUCUUCCAUCACGCCGUGCUGAGCGAGGAGAAGUGCUCUGUGUUUAAAGGAAGGGACAGCAUUCUGGGAAAGAUCUGCAUUGCCAUGUGGGAGUCCACGAAUGCUUGCCAUGAUCCUCUUCUGGUUCAUGGACCUUCAGGGGUUGGGGUCGGUAAAACAGCUCUGCUUUGCAAACUGGCACAGGAAAUGCGAGGCGUUGUUGACCAUCGGGGAGUUGUGGUGCUGAGGUUGCUGGGAACAUCUCCACUCAGCUCGGAUGUUGACUCUGUUCUCAGAGGUGUUUGUCUUCAAGUGUGUGGAGCUUUAGGGUUGCAGUUCCCCUAUCCACAUAUUGCCAACGCGCAUGAAGAGCUAGUCCGGUUUUUCCAUUCCAUGCUGGAAGACGUGUCAAAACAAGGAGACACGCUCCUACUCAUUCUGGACUCAUUGGACCAGCUUUUAGAGGCAAACAAACCUCAUAAACUAGACUGGAUACCUAAAGUGAUCCCUCCCAAUGUGCAACUUGUACUCUCCAUUUCUGAUGACUAUGUUGAGAAAUGUAAAUCUUUGGUUUCAGCAGAACAAAACGUCUUUAGAGUGGAACUUCUCACAGACGAUCAAGGGAAAGACGUUAUUGGCGCCUACAUGAGCGCAGCUGGACGCAAGCUGACCUCAGAACAGGUAGACACCAUCUUAAACCGCUUCCAGCAAAGCAGGAGCCCUUUGCACAUGAAACUCAUGCUAGACACUGCCAAACAGUGGUCCUCCUGCACCUCCACGUCUAAUGUUCGCCUGGGCGUCUCUGCACAGGAAGUGAUGACACAGUUUGUGGAGUCACUUGAGGAGAGUCAUGGGAAGAAGCUAGUUAGUCAUGCUCUGUGCUUCAUCUUGUUAUCAAGAAGUGGUCUAUCAGAGGCAGAGUUACAGGAUGUCUUGUCGUUAGAUAAUGACGUUCUGGCUGAAAUUUAUAAGUACUGGCUUCCUCCAAGUCACACACUCCUGCGCUUCCCACGACUUCACUGGUCCCGGCUCCGGCAUGACCUGACAGCUCAUCUGACGGAGAGAUGGGAGGGUGGUGUUAUUCUGCUGGGUUUCACCCACAGGCAGUUCGCAGAGCUGAUAAGGAAGAGAUAUUUAUCACGCGAUAUGAAAACAGACAUGCAUGCCAUCCUCGCCGAAUAUUUCUUAGGACAGUGGAGUCAGGGGCAGCUCAGGCCGAUCCUUCUUCCCUCACUAAGUACGCUGCUCAAUGCUGACAGAAAGGUACCACCCCAGCCCUUGUGGUUCACUGGAGAAGUCGCCAAUAUGCGGAAGCUUCAUGAACUACCCUAUCAUCUCGCUCAUGCAGGCAAAUGGGAGGAGCUACGCCAAUCAGUGCUAGGCAGUCUGGACUGGUUAUGUUGUAAAACUCUUCGGUGUGGUGUAAGCUGUGUUAUUCAGGACCUGUCGCUUUGCACUGACCUCACAGACUGUCCUGAGAUACGAAUGCUGAAAGAGACAUUUCUGCUUCUCAAGCCCUUGUUAGAUUUAAGCGACGGUCGUGUGGAUCCCUCACUUUUGGUCACGGAGAUCUUCGCCAGGCUGCAGGGCCUUGCUGAUCUCUACCCCUCCAUGAUUGGUCAGCUGUGUUCUCAGUGCGUGGGCUGGUUUGGUUCCUGUACUGACCCAGUGCUUGUGCCCAAAUGCAGCUUCUUUCAGGCCCCUGGGGGCCCACUGAAGAGCACCCUCACAGGGUUCAUGAAAGGGGUGAAGGCCAUCGUGCUGUGCUCAAAGAGAGAGUUGCUGGUAGCAGGUUCAGAGGAUGGACUGAUUAUAGUCUGGAAUCUAAACCAUCUCCAGACUCUUCACACUCUUUCUGGACACACUGCGGGGGUGCUCUCCCUGAAGCUGAUGGACAAAACCAAUCACUGUCUGUCUACUGGACUCGAUGGCACACUAAGAAAAUGGUGUCUGAUAAGUGGACAACAGCUUUUCUGCAUCACUGAUGCAGUGUCUGUCCAAACACACACCCCUACACACAUUCACAUGAUCGAAGAAAGGAGGAUUGUCAUAACCAACCCAAGCAGCCUAGUUAAAGCUUGGCACUUGGACACUGCAGAGCCCCUGUAUGAGCUGACGGCAGGCGUUUGUUCUGUUCUUGGUGUUGUGGGAGAUGCAGUAGCAUGCAUAUGCAGUGAGGGGGCACUCUGUUUUUAUGACGUAUCCACUGGCAUGCAACAUUCCCAGACCCCCCUACCCUGCCCUGCUGGACACCACAAUCUCACCUGCUCUCUGACACUCUCCAAAUACCCCAAGAUACUCAUUGCUUUUGGGGAAGGCCGUCUCCAUUCGGUAUGGAGCCAUAGUAUUGAGUCUGUGGUUGAUCUUCCCUCUCCAGCUUUGUUCCUCAGAACAUCUGAGGAUGAAAAACUGCUGUUUGCAGGAUGUGACAGAACAUUGUGCGUGUUCCUCGUGACGCUGACUUCAAUGCAGAGGGUUCUGGAUCUUCACCAUGAUGCGUCAGUCUUAUGUGCCGUCUCAAGCAGUGAAGGUAGUGAAAUCAUCACAAGUGCCCAGGAUCGGAUUGUACGGGUGUGGAGUGUCACCACAGGAGCCCUGCUGGACUGGAUCGGUGUGAUGGAUUCUGCUGUGUCCUCUUUGGCUGUCCAUCAGCGCACUAUUAUCUCUGCCUCCGUUAUAGCCAACCAGCUCAAAGUAUGGCAGCUUGACUACAACACCAAGCACAGGAGCAAGUCUUUCAUCCCGGCAUACUACCCUCUAGUGGCCCUGUCGAAAGACGGUGAUACUGUAUUCUAUGUGAAAGAGGGAAAUAAAACACAGGUUUUCACCUGGAGCUGCUCAGAAGGUGAUACAUGUCUGCGGUCCGACAGUAUGGACGUGUCCUCAGAAGUGUGCUGUAUGGAACUAGCCCAGCAGAAACGUCUACUCUUCUGUGGACUGCGGACUGGUACCAUCCUUAUUUACCCACUAGACUUUGCCCCAGAAACCCUGUGCCUACCACCUCCAGAAAGCCUACCAAUGGUACGCAGCAUGGCCAUCAGCCCGCGGGAGGACAGAAUGGCCGUGGCUUAUGAGGAUUCGGUUUGUCUCUUUGAGAUUACAUCGAGAGACAGUUUCCCCUGUGUGGACGGCCCGUUUGAGAGGUACACCCUGUGCCUGCUGCAUUCCCCUAUCUCUGCCAUGGCUCUGCUGUCUGACUGCAGGCUGCUCUAUGGGACAUUUGGUGGCGAAGUGGUGACCUACGACUUUAAGAGCGCCACGGCAGCCGAGCUGGAUCAUCACGGUGCAGCCAUAACCUGUAUCACUAUGAGCAACUGGGAUGCACAAGCAUUGAUUGGCUCUCAAGACUGCAUUCAGAAAUUGUGGAAUCUGAGUCCCGUCUUGCUGAAUCACACCAUGGAGUACAAGGGUUUUUAUUUUGAAGGCGUCCUCUGUGCUGUCUUCUCAAUAAAUGAUAAAUACGUCUUCACUGGAUCCCUGGACAAAACCAUCAAAGUCUGGGAUGUCUGUAGUGGUUGUUUGCUGUACGUCCAGUUCGUCUACUCUCCAGUCAUAAAGAUGAUGCCACACAAGGAUGGCUUUGUAGCCGUGUCCCAGCAUGGCUCGUUCAUCAAGGAAGGUUUCUGCUGUCCAGACACCCUUAAACCUGGAUACAACCCCCUCCGGAUCUUCAGAGCACAUUACCGAGUUACCUCUCGGGAGAAAAGCCUGAACGCUCCGCACACCGUCAUCAACGAGCUCCCAGAUUACAACCCUGCUCAGUUCAAUUUCAUCGGCAUCGGUUUGAUGAAAAGCAAACCGUCCAACACAUGUGUUCUCCUCUAAAUACGUUCUAGGUUCCAAACCUCUUACCCCACCUGCUUACAGAAUUAGGCUAUGCGCUAGGAAAUCAUCUGUGUAAUUACAUA